AUGGGCCCCGAAAAGCGACCGCGUGAUGUCUUUGAGCGGCCAAAUGGGCCUUCUCAAUUGCUCUCUACCAGCAGAAAGCGACAGCGUUUAUCAAAUGCGUCCACAUCCGAGAAAGCACACAAGUCCCCGUCCGCCACAACGUUUGCAUCAGAUGAGAGCGACGAGGAAGGGUAUGAGCGCGCAACUCAAGCCUUACGCGAUAAGUAUGAGACACUUGGAGAGAAUCGGCCCGCCGAAAAUGGGAUAAUCGAACGCGUAGAUUGCUACAAUUUUAUGUGUCAUGAACACCUUUCUAUGGAGCUUGGCCCUCUUAUCAACUUUAUUGUUGGCAAGAAUGGAAGCGGGAAGAGUGCUGUGCUUACAGCUUUGACUCUCUGCUUGGGUGCUAAAGCUUCUACGACGAAUCGAGGCCAGAGUUUGAAGAGUUUUAUCAAAGAGGGCAAAGAAACUGCAACGAUUAUCGUUCGGAUUAAAAAUCAAGGUGAUAGUGCCUACCUGCCGCAUGAAUUCGGUCGCUGUAUUAUUGUUGAAAGACAUUUUUCAAGAAGCAAGGCAAGCGGUUUUCGAAUCAAGAACGCGUCCGGUCGAGUAGUUUCGACAAAAAGGGGCGACCUUGAUUCGAUUACGGAUUACUUCGCGCUACAAAUUGACAACCCUAUGAAUGUGCUUUCCCAGGACAUGGCUCGUCAGUUUUUGAGCACUUCUAGCCCUGCUGAGAAGUACAAAUUCUUUGUGAAAGGAGUUCAGUUGGAACAACUUGACCAAGAUUAUCAGUUGAUAGAAGAAUCCAUGGAACACGUGAACGCGAAAGUUGCUGCUCACUCAGGUGAAUUAAAGGACCUAGAAGAAAAAAGAGAUAAAGCUCGAGCGAAGCUGGCUUUAUCGGACAGACAUGAAGGCAUUAGGGCGAGGCUUAGGAGCUUGCGAGCUCAAAUGGCAUGGGCGCAGGUUGAGGAGCAAGAACGGAUUCGCGAUAGUUUUGAUGACGAACUUGCUAAAGCAACCGAGAAAAUCACAACUCUAGAAGGCGAGGUUGAAGCUUCCGAUAGAUUUUAUCAGGAAGCAGACAAUGCCUACGGGGUCGCUGAAACCCUUGUUCAAGAAGCAAAGUCUGAAUUAGAAUGUUUAUCCGACAGCAGAAAGGACAUCCAAUCAAAGUACGAAAGCAGUGUUCAGGAGCAGCAUGAAUCGCAGGAAAGCUAUUCUCGGUUUCAACAGGAAAUAACUGAAGCCGAAAACAAAGUCAAAAUUUCAACCAGACCGAUUUCGAAACGAAGAGCAGAGAUCAGUCAAGCAGAACAGCUUUUGCAAAUACUGAUGAAAAAUCGACGGCAACAAGAAAAUGUUUUCCCUGGGAAUAUGCAGCGGUUGCUUCAAGAAAUUGAACGAGAGAAAUCGUUUAAUCGCAUACCCGUAGGUCCUUUGGCAAACCAUAUCACUCUUCUCAAGCCACAGUGGUCUUCAGUUUUGGAAAAGUCGAUUGGAAACACGUUGAACGGGUUCAUUGUUACAAACAAGCAUGACAUGAGUAUUCUUUCUGGAAUAAUGCAGCGUUUGAACUGUAACUAUCCCAUUUUUAUUGGGAAUGAAGCUGGCAAUAUGAACACUUCUGCCUAUGAACCAGCGCCAGGGUUCGAUACCGCACUGAGGGUUCUUAAAAUUGAUAAUGAUUUGGUUCGUCGGCAACUGAUCAUUAACCACGGCAUAGAACAGAUGCUUCUUAUCGAAGACGUGCGUGCAGCUUCUAAAGUGAUGUUUCAUGGUGGAAGACCCAAAAACGUGAGGCGCUGCUUCUGCAUAGAUUCCAAGGACAAACAACGAGUGCAACAAGAAACUAUAAAUACAUUGAAGGACGGCCUGCGCGAUUUAGAAAGCGAGCAUAGAAAUGCACAGAAUAAUCUUGAGAAAUGCAAACAGGCUUUUGUGAAGCAUGAGAGGCGGGCCCGAGAGCUACAACUUGAGUUACAAAAAGCUGAGGAUCUUGUCGAGCAGUUGAAGGAAACCAUAGAAGCGGACACCGCCGUAGAUGGUCGCCUUGAGGGGCUGCAAACCUCAUUAGCCGAGUUUGAAUCUGACAAACGUGCGGCAGAGGCUUCGUACCAAGAAGGCAUCGCUAUUCAUGACGAGAUACUAGAGAAGUUAAAAACCAUUAAAGGAGAACUUGCUUCUAAAGAUUUAGAAAUUGCAUCUGCGGAACAAAGGGUUCGCGCCCUUGAAAGUGAAAAAACGAAAAUUUCGACUCGUCGAAGGAAAGCCCUUGGCGAGAAGAAUGCUGCAAUUGCUCGAGUUGAUGACAUGAAAAGGGAUAGAGCCGAAACAGAGCGAAAACGGCAAGAGACUGCUGCCCGAAUUCUUGAUUUCACUCAGAAAGCAAGCACGGUUGCUCCGCGCGUUGAUAUCGACGAAGGAGAGACCCCGAGGAGUCUGGAUAAAAAGUUGGAAAAGCUAACUCAAGAUUCGCAACAAUAUGAUAGAGAAAUGGGUGCUUCUCGGGAAGAAAUCGCAGCAGCUGCUGCAGAAGCAGAGGGAAAAUACGAACGGUCUCAGGGACAAAUUACUGAUUUCAAGCAGCUGGCUCUUAUGUUCACAAGCACCCUGAACGAGCGACGGCUGAGAUGGGACGGAUUCAGAUCUUAUAUCUCGUCGAGAGCCAAAUCACAGUUCAUAUAUUUGCUGAGUGAAAGGAGUUACCGUGGAAGGCUCCUUACAAAUCACAAAGACAAGCUCCUUGAUCUCCAAGUGGAACCCGAUAUCACCAAAAAUAGCUCUGGGAGAGGAGCCAAAACAUUGUCCGGUGGAGAGAAAUCAUACUCCCAGAUAUGCCUGCUACUAGCCCUUUGGGAAGCAAUGGGAUCUCCUAUCCGUUGCUUGGAUGAAUUUGACGUUUACAUGGAUUCAAUGAACCGCAAAUUGACUAUUGAACUGCUGGCUUGCUGA